GCCUCCUGUCCACUCUCCCCAGCCGGCCGCCGCCCCCAAUCGCCCGCCGCCGGCCGCAACCCCGUCGGCCCCUCCGCCCCUAGGUCCUCCGCUCGUCCUUCUCGGGGCCGGCCGCCGCCGCGCCGGGCAGGGCAGGCCGCAGGAGGCCAGGAGCCUGUCGCUGCCACCCGGCCCCACAGCGCGCCACGUCAGCGGUGCGGACCCGGGGCCCGAGGCAGAGUGCAGACGAAGUGACCGGCCCCCGACUCUCCGAUCGGAGCGGAGAUUCCCACAAAAGUCCCCCCCCCCCCCCCCUCCAACCCACGACGCAUUUCACCGGGCGCACCAGUACGGUGUCCGUGUCGCGCUCUGCCCCCCAGAAAACCCCACAACUCGCGGCGGGUGCGCGCGCGGCCUCGCCCGCCAUGGCCGCCGCCGGCGGCGACCCGCUGACCCCGUCCUCCGGCAUAUUUUACAGAAGGCACAAGAAAUCUGCUGAGCGUAAUACCAGUGUAUUAACACCUGGAGUUGCAACCAAUUCCAGUGGUCAUGCACUUCCUGUUGCAAGUAGGGUCCCCAGUUUGGAAUUUGGCAGUGCUAGCAAGGAAUGGGAAAACAUUCGUCAGCGCAAGGUCCAAUUGAUCAACUUCCUUUCUAGUCUGGAACGUCCCUCUGAAAAUUCUGUGAUAGCCAACAGAAUGGCAGGUGGCAAAUUGAACAAUUAUUCUACAGAGCCAAGAGAACAACAAGAAAAUACUCCAAUAAUAGUAAUUUCAGAUGAUGAGGAUGGAAACAAUUCAGGAUACAAAGAACUGACAACAUCUGAUUUGGCUAGUAAUAUCACAAAAUGGGUGGCAUCCAAUGGGAUGAGCCAAGCAUUUAAAACCAUGCAGAUUGAAGGAGACAAAAAUACGCAGAUUGUUCCAUAUGGUCAAAAUGCAGCUUUAGUGAAUCAAUUUCCUUUGCAAACCAGCUGGCAACCAUCUAUUCACUUUGAGAGAGUUGUAUUGCAGAAAAGGCCUGAGGAGCAGCGUGUGCAAGAUCUUUUGGCUGUUAACAUAGCGGAGAAGAGAGCAGAAACACAAGUGUUCCUUUCACAUCCUACAGAGAAAAAGCGAAGGAGAUCAGACCCCAGCUUGCAUGUCAGCGAAGAUGCUACCUGCGCCCCUAGACAAAGGAAAAGAAAAUCUGGCACAGAUCCAGUAGCUGCUGAUUUGUCCUUGGAUUUAGGAAAAACUGAUAUUUCAUCAGAACCUGAACUGACUAUGAAGGAAGAGGAGAAACCAAAAAAUGAAAGUGACGGUCUUGAGGAAUAUUGGAAAGAUUUUGCGUUGGCCAUCGAAAGUACAAAGAUUGACUCAUUUGAUGAGGCGGCAAAUGAGAAAGAAGAGGAUCAUGGAAAGGUGGAGGAUGUCGACUGCAAUCAUGACAUUCGGAUUCAUGAAGAUUUGGGCCAUGUAUGCCGUGUCUGUGGAAUGAUUGUGAGAAGAGCUGAAUCAAUAAUUGAUUAUCAGUGGAAAAAGGCUUCAAGGAGAAGAACAAGUUGCUAUGGAGGACAUUCAAAGGAUGCUAAUGAGAUAGAUUGUGGUAGUGUUAAACUGUCUGAAGAUUUCAUAGUUGCAGAUAUUGCUAUUCAUCCUAGACAUGCUAAGCAAAUGAGACCACAUCAGUUGGAAGGAUUCAACUUUUUGGUUAAGAAUUUGAUCGGAGACAAGCCUGGAGGUUGCAUUCUUGCUCAUGCCCCAGGUUCAGGGAAAACAUUUAUGCUUAUAAGCUUCAUUCAGAGCUUCUUAGCAAGGUAUCCAUCUGCAAGGCCCCUUGUUGUGCUACCCAAAGGGAUUUUAGGUACAUGGAAGAAAGAAAUUCAACAGUGGCAAGUACAGGAUAUACCAUUGUACGAUUUCUACUCUGUUAAGGCUGAAAAAAGAGUAGACCAACUGGAAGUCCUUAAAUCAUGGGAAGACAAGAUGAGUAUACUGUUUCUUGGAUACAAGCAGUUCUCCACAAUUAUCUCCGAUGAUGGGGGCAGCAAAGCAGCAGCUGCAUGUAGGGACAGGCUGCUAAAGGUCCCCAACCUUUUGAUAAUGGAUGAGGGUCAUACACCAAGAAAUAGGGAGACUGAUGUACUAGAAUCUCUGAGUAGAGUGGAAACACCACGCAAAGUGGUCCUUUCAGGUACACUAUUCCAGAAUCAUGUUGAGGAAGUGUUUAACAUUUUGAAUCUUGUUCGCCCAAAGUUUCUCAAAAUGGAAUCAUCCCGUCCUAUUGUUAGACGGAUAAUGAGUCAAGUAGAAAUGUCAGGUAGAAGUUCGAAAGGGAUUGCCUACAGUGCAUUUACUGAGUCAGUUGAAAACACAUUGUUGAAUGAUGACAACUUCAAGAGAAAAGCUCAUGUCAUUAGAGGUCUUAGAGAACUUACAAAGGAUGUUCUUCACUACUAUAAGGGUGAUAUCUUAGAUGAACUACCUGGCUUAGUCGACUUCAGCGUGUUCUUGAAACUCACUUCCAUUCAGAAAGAGAUUAUUCAAAAGAAGAUGGGAGCAUAUGACAAGUUCAAAAGAAGUGCGGUAGAUACUUCAUUGUAUGUUCAUCCUUGUCUUUCAGAAAUUUCAGAAGUUAAUGCUGAGGAUAGGGCUAACAACUUGACAGAUAAGUCAAUUGACAUUAUGAUUGAUUCCAUCGAUGUGAGAGAUGGGGUGAAGGCCAGGUUUUUCAUGAAUAUCCUGUCACUUGCUAGUUCUGCAGGAGAGAAAUUACUUGCUUUUAGCCAAUAUAGACUUCCAAUGAGAUUUUUGGAAAGGCUUCUGGUUAAGGUGAAGGGCUGGCAUGUGGGGAAAGAGAUUUUCAUGAUCUCUGGUGAUACUACUCAAGAAGACAGAGAAUUGUUAGUCAAUCAAUUUAACAACUCUGCUGAUGCAAAAGUACUGUUCGGUGCUAUCAGGGCAUGUGGUGAGGGUAUCUCCCUUGUUGGCGCGUCAAGAGUUGUCAUUUUAGAUGUUUACCUGAACCCAUCUGUCACCCGUCAAGCGAUCGGGCGUGCAUUCAGGCCUGGACAGCAGAAGAAAGUGUUUGUAUACAGGCUUGUAGCUGCUGAUUCUGCCGAGGAGAAGCACCAUGAGAGCGCAUUCAAGAAGGAAGUUAUAUCGAAGCUAUGGUUCGAAUGGAGUGAGCACUGCACAACAGAAGACUUCAAACUUGGUCAAGUUGAUAUUGAUGACUGUGGGGAUGAAUUAUUGGAUACUAAAGCAAUGCGUCAGGAUGUCAAGGCACUGUAUAAAAGGUAGGUAAGAAGCUUUGUGGCCACUGGACGCCAUGUAAAUAUUGCAAUGCUGACCGUCCGAGCUGGUACAUGAUCUGAUGGUGAUACAGUGGCUUCGUUGUGGUGACAGACCUCAGUAUGAUCUAAGCUAGGACUUUACGUUUCUUAGUCAUUUUCAAACUAUGUCUAUGGUAUGGCUCCUUUGUAGUAUGUGCCAACUUGUGACAGCAAUCGGGUUGAGCCUCGUGACUCUUGUCAAGUUACUGAGGAUUAACAGCCAUCGUUUUCUCCUCAUAAAGUUUUCGUGGGCAACAGGAAACAACUCAAUAAACCUUUCGUGAAUGUGCGCUCAGUUUGUUUUGUUCUCCAGCAUUGGAGGUUA